AUGCCUUACAAUACCCGUCGGAAAUCGCUUUCCUUGCCUUCGCUGGGCAUCCAUCUGCCCAAUGCCUCUCGCGCUCACCGCCCAGCUCUUAAGACGACAACACCACCUGCAGACCUCUCUACUUCUCCUCCGCCUCCAACAAAGAAGCAGAAGCGCUCUCAUGAUGGCGAAGAACCUCUGUCCCCGGUUUCCUCCCCGCGCUCCAAGGUCGGCUCGCCUGCGAUCGACCUCCCAAGAUCAGCCGCACCAGUACUCGCUGCUGCUGCUGUUGAGCAGACACCUCCCCCGUCUCCAAAGCUUGGUGCUCCGAUCCGAAAAGUCGAUACGGACGGUAUCAACGAUGACAUUGUGGUCGCUGUAAUCGAGCAGUUAGAGAAGACGGGGAACAGGCCACACCUCAUUAGGGAUAUGGCGGCGAUAUUGGCUUCCACCAAUGCCAGCAUUGCUCAUUCUGCAAACCCGGCUGCAUUGCUCUCCUCUCGCCUCAGUCUCUACCUCAAGAGACCAUGGACUGCUUUGUCACCGUGCCCACUGGCCAAGGAACUGAUCCCGGUCCACCCACGGAAGGUCUUCUUCUUCCUCACCACUCAACCGCGAAUGCCGCUCCCUGAGUCCUCCAAUGAUAUCCUCCCCCAACCAGUUCUCUCGGUCAAGAACCUGACCCCUAGCGUGUCAGAUCACAGCCAGGUCGAUGAUGAUCUAGAUCAACGAGAUCGUGCUCGGCUAUCUCCCAGCCCAGAGGUAGAACUAUACUCUCCCGAUCUAGAUCAGGAUGAUUCCAUGGAGCCUCCAACCCCUGGCGACCACUUCAGCGCCAGGAGUAGUCUGAACCCAGACGGUACGACUGACGUCCGUCGUAGAUCUAAUCGGGCUCCCAGUCCCGCACUCGAGGAGGACGAGCGUGGCUUCACGGAGACAGCCACCGCGGUCCGCGCCCGUGGCAUGAGUCUACACAAUCCUACCGUUCAAGCAUCAAUCGAGGUUGAUGAAAAGCCAUCAGCUGUCGAGGUGUUGGAAGAAACCCCGGAACAGCGCCAGAAACGGGACCGAGAACUGGGCUUGGCUCUCUUCGGUCAGUCUCAUCAAGCCCUCCACGUGCCGGAGCAGAAGUUGUUUUCAAGCAGUCCCAUGAUCCAGGCCAGACCUGAUCACCAGGCGCCAGUGGCCAAGUCGAAUUUGACUCUUGACCUGGACGGAAUCGAAAUGGGCAUGGCCUCCUGGAGUAUGAUGAGUCCCGAGCAAAUCGACGUCGAAGAACUGGACGAGAUGUUCAUGGGAUUCUAA